AUGCGUCUUCCAAUUGGUGGAACCAGGCGCUUUUCUGAACAGAUUGCCUCCAACUGGAAUGAGAAUACGACUAGGGUCAUGCCUGGGCCAGUCUAUGACUUAGGCAGCCAUCCUGCUGCCUGGUUUAUUGAGCUUCUCCAGAUGAAACAAGAAACCCCCGUUUGGUGUGUCAUUUCCGGUGUUGGCAAGGGCAUCAUUGCCUCCAGCACAGGCUUGCUUCUGAAGACCACUGGCCUGACGGUCUCGAGCAUCAAGGUUGACCCUUAUAUUAAUAUCGAUGCCGGUACUAUGUCACCAAUUGAACAUGGCGAGGUGUACGUGACAGACGAUGGCGGCGAGAUGGAUCUCGAUCUCGGAAACUAUGAGCGCUACCUCCUGACAACGCUGACCCGAGACCACAACAUUACCACCGGCAAGGUCUAUCAACAAGUCAUUGAAAAGGAGCGGGUGGGCAACUAUCUUGGCAAGACUGUCCAGGUUGUUCCCCAUGUGACCAACGCCAUUCAAGAAUGGAUCGAGCGUGUCGCCAAGAUCCCAGUGGACGAGUCCGGCAAAGAGCCAGAUGUGUGUAUCAUUGAACUUGGUGGCACCGUGGGAGACAUUGAGAGUGCGCCUUUUGUUCAUGCCAUCAGCCAGCUGCAGCGACGCGCUGGUCGGGGCAAUUUCAUUCAGAUCCAUGUGUCCUAUGUGCCCUUGAUCCACGGAGAGCAAAAGACCAAACCGACGCAAAGGGCGAUCAGCGAUGUGCGAAGCGCCGGGCUGAACCCUGAUCUGAUCGCAUGCCGCUGCGAAAAGCCACUUGAGAGCGGUACGAUUCAAAAGAUCGCGAACAUGUGCUCUAUGGACCCAAAACAGGUCAUUGCUGUACAUGAUGUUACCACCACAUACCACGUGCCACUGCUUCUUGAAAAACAGAAGUUGGCUCAAACCAUUGGGGACCUUCUCGAACUGUCAUCGAUCCAAUUGCUGCCCAAGCUGAUUGAUGAGGGCAAGAGGAGUUGGAAGGACUGGGUGCAGUUGGCCCAAGGUCAAGACUAUCGCCGUGAGACAGUCUCGAUUGCUUUGGUUGGGAAAUACACCGUCUUGAAGGAUGCUUAUAUCAGUGUGUGCAAGGCGCUUGAGCACGCCGCCAUGUUCUGUCGCAAAAAGAUCGAGAUAGUCUGGGUGGACUCAUCUCACCUCGAGGAAGACACUUUCACAUCAUCGCCUGCCGAGUACCAUAAAGCAUGGCACGCUGUCUGCACGGCCGGUGGUAUACUCGUGCCUGGUGCUUUCGGUACACGAGGAACAGCUGGAAUGCUGAAGGCGAUUACAUGGGCUCGUACCAAAAAAGUACCCUACCUCGGUGUUUGUCUUGGCAUGCAGCUGGCAGUCAUUGAAUACGCUCGCAACGUGCUUGGUAUCAAGGAUGCCGGAAGUGAAGAGCUUCACCCAGAGUCCCAGAACCAAGCAAUCAUCUUCAUGCCUGAUGUCGAUAAAGCGAAACUCGGUGGUACAAUGCGCCUUGGAAAGCAUCUUACGAUUUUCCAAAACGGCACCGAGUGGUCUCGCUUGCGCGCGCUGUACGGACUGGACAUCCCCCAAAUCGCCGAAAGACAUCGCCACCGCUACGAGGUCAAUCCUGAGAUGGUUGCUGACCUCGAACAAGCUGGCCUGUCUUUCGUCGGAAAGGAUGAAAAAGGUGAGCGCAUGGAGGUCGUUGAAAUACGCGAUCAUCCAUGGUUCGUGGGUGUCCAAUUCCACCCCGAAUACCUCAGCCGUGUCUUGGACCCGAGCAGAUCCUACCUCGGCUUCUUCGCUGCAGCCGCGGGUUGCCUGGACGAAGUAACCAAGGCUCUCAUCAAUGGCGAGCGAAGUAUUCGCAUGGAGCACUAG